AUGGCACCCUACUCUAUUCGGUCUCUGCGACCGUUCCAACGAGGUAUUGUCAAUAUUACCUACCAGAGAUCAUCCAGACGUACUCGACCCCCGUCGCCAUCAGCAGCUGUUCCCAUAGUACGUUCCACUUUCAUUCUCUCAAAGCCCAGCUGGUCCGUAAAGUCCCUUUUACCGCAAAACACGCCUCUUCCACAGUCAAGUACUGUGUCGUCGAAACAGCUCCACCAUCUCCUGAAACUUUCUGCGCUCCCACCACCCUCGAGCGUUGAGGAGGAGGAGGAAAUGCUCAAAACUCUUGAAUCACAGAUUCAUUUUGUGAGGGAGGUUCAGCGCAUCGACACCUCUGGCAUUACCCCGUUGCGGAGUAUUCGCGAUGAGACCGUCGAGGCCCAAAAAGAGAAUACAAUCGGAAAAAAGGACCUUGAGGAAUCUCUUAAACAAGAGCAAUACGUAGGAUGGAGCAGAAGGAUUCAGCGCACAAAGGCAGAGAAACUAACUCAUCCAGACGGGGAGGUUUGGGAUGGCGAUGCCUUGAAACCCGCGUCGAAGGUGAUAGGGAGAUAUUUCGUGGUUCAGUCAAGCUGA